AUGAUGACCACUGACGCGACGCUUAGCAGGGUUUUUGUCAUAGGCUGCAGACAUGAUCUUACUCUACAGACUUCCUUCUCUUGGUCCAUCAGAUUUUGUUCAGCACAGAUUUAUGCACCCAAUCGUGAAAUUAAAUGUGAAUGUGGUACAUCAAUCUAUUUUUGCCGCAGGCCGAGUUAUAUCAACGAAAGACCACUGCCACCACCCACGAGAGAAGUUGUGUACGAUCUUGACAAAGAUGGAGCUAGUGAUUGUUGGCACCAUUUUGUAACUCUCUUUUCAAGUUUCAAAUUCCAGCAUGCUUCAGAGUUUGUAACCACGUUCCACAUUCACAUUGCUUCGCAGGAGUCUCCAGCAGCUCAGAGUAGUAGUGGAAUGUAUUCUAAGCUUCUAGCUUUCAUAUUCCAAGUGGAUUCAGGAUUGAAAGGGAGUCAUUCUCAGACUGCAGUCCGAACCACUCAAGAUCCUGUUUCUCAAUUGGCAAUUUCUGACUCUCUCUAUAACAGUUAUUUACUUGCAGCAUCUGGCAUAGUCCACUGUUUCUCGUGGUACUUUUUAAACUCCAAUGCACAACUCGGACAGUUAUAUCUCGCUGGGCUGUGGACGUGUAACCUUCCGAGUGACCUCUGCUGGUGGGUUAAGGUGAUUGAAGACCAUUGUGUUCCUUCAAGAGCGAAACCGUACAGGGCUCCUACUUGGUCGUGGGCUUCUGUCGAUUUUGAAGGAAAAUCACCUUGUAGCCCGGUUGUUUAUCAUUCAAACUUUGGUGAGAAGUUUGAACAAUCUGCAAAAUUCUGUAUUCAUCAUGCUACGACUCAGAUGGCACCAUCAGCCGUGGGAAAAUACGUGUAUGGUCCAGUUUGUGAUGGAUUAAUACGAAUCAGAUGCAUCCUCAUUGCAGCCCAGAUCUUUACGCACCCAUACUUGGAAUUUGACGCAAGACAUACGACUCAAUUCUUAGAAGCAGAUGCAUUAGACGAAGACUACGAUCCUUAUUUCUGGCCAAAUGUCUAUCUCGACGUUCAGGGUUCCUUUGAACCGGCAAUGAGUAGGCCCUUCCCGGCCGCUAAUAUCCUUGACUUGCCCAUCACCGGAGAUCUUGAGGACAAGGGGUUUCUUCUGAGCGAAGACGUGGUUGAAGAUAAGACCCAAGAAGAUUAUUUGUGCUCAGAUACAAAAGUAUGGAUUUGUAUGGUGGGAAAUAUUGUUGACGGCGGAAUAUGCGCACUUGUAUUGAAAGAGCGUGAAAAGGCAAUUUUUAGACGGUUUGAAAGAGUAGGAUAUUUGCACAACAGGGUUGGAGCCGUUGGCUCUGAGAACUACGGCUGGCAUAACAAUUUUAUGCGAAGGGUCGAGAGGACGGGGGGGAUAGUCAUUGAGAUAGUCUAA